UGACUGAAACUUCUGCUAUGUUUGCAAACGACCGAUUUUGCUUUGCAUGUACGUUUUAUGCAAUGUUCACUUUACGGUCCACUUUACUUUUGUGUCCAUUCAUUCUGCAAGGAGUGUGUGUGUGCGCGUUUGUCUUUUGUCUUUCAGGCCAUGUCUGCGUGUGUCAGCGUCUCCGUGGCGACAUGCGUGUGUUUGUUGGUGAGCUCGUGCGCGGCGUCCAACGUGGACACGCGCUUCCCGCUGGUGAAGACGGGAGCGGACGGAACUUUCUUUGGACUUUCCGUGGCUUUGCAUUCUGACCUCAAGUCGCGCACGCACCUCUUAUUGGUCGGAGCUCCCAGAGAGCGGGCGGAGCCCGACGUCCCGGCCAAUCGAACAGGGGGCGUGUACAGCUGCCCAAUCACCGCCGACCCGUCGGAUUGCAGGAGGCUGUCGCUCAUUGACCGAGACUUGGACCUGUCCGAGGACCUGGUUGAGGACAUGUGGCUGGGCGUGUCGCUCGCCAGUCAGGGGCCACCCGGGGGACGGGUCCUGGUGAGUCCACGCGUGGCUGACGGGAUGUCAAUUUACGGCCCGGCGUGCGGUCAUCGCUUCGUGAAGGUUUACGGCGCAUCCAAGCUCAGACACAUGAUAGGUCGCUGUUAUCUCCGUGACGGCGCGGACGACCAGUGGCGGUCCCUCGAGCAGUUGUGCAGUCACCUGGGGGACGUGAGCAGAGAGGUCAUGUGCAACUCGGGAAUGUCCGCUGCCAUCUUUCGGCGUGACCUCAUUGUCGGAUCGCCGGGAAGUUACCAAUGGCAAGGAAACGUCCACGUGACCUGGACCAAUCCUCGUGUCAUCUUUGACACCGGAAGGAGUUCCUUCCCGAACCUCCAGCGCAGGAACAUCUACUUGGGCUAUUCCGUCACUCAGGCUGCCGGUCUUCUCUCUCGGGAUGACGUCACCAUAGUAACAGGUGCUCCCAAGGACACCAAAGAGGACGCCCGCGGUUCCGUGCUGCUGGCAGUCAAAGGCGCCGGCGCCGAGCUGACGGUCCGGCAAACGCUGCGAGGAGAGCAGACGGGCUCGUACUUCGGGAACGCCGUGGCUGCCGCGGACCUGGAUAACGACGGGUGGCAAGACCUGCUGGUGGGCGCGCCUUUUUACUUCCAGAGGCAGCGCGGAGUGGGCGGGGCCGUUUACGUAUACAUGAAUGCGGGGGGGCGCUUCCGCUCAACGGCCACGUCGGCGCUGAAGGGGCCGCCCGCUUCGGCGUUCGGAAUGGCCGUCGCGCACGCCGGCGACCUGGACGGCGACGGCUUCCAGGACUUUGCGGUGGGCGCUCCGUUUCACGGAACGGGAAGCGUGAUGAUCUGGCGCGGGAGCGGCAGCGGAGUCUCCGCCCGGCCCGGCCAGGUGAUCAGCGGAAGCAGCUUGUCUCCUCGCUUGUCCACUUUCGGCUUCUCCUUGUCCGGCGGACUGGACGUGGACGGGAACGGACAUCCGGACCUUCUAGUCGGCUCGCUGGACGACACCGCCGUCCUCCUGAGGUCUCGUCCGGUGAUCCACCUCAACAAAACCAUCAGAGUGUCCCCAAAUAUCGUGGAGCCCAACACUUGCGACUUUUGCAUUUCGGUGGAGGUGUGUUUCUCGUACACGUGGAGCAGCGGCGACGAGCGUCGGCCAGACAACAUCACCGUCCACUUCAGCGUGGCCGCCGACGUCGGCAGCCCGAAGCCCCGGUUGCGUUUCCGUGGCAAUGCUCAGAGCACGUACUCGGCCUCCGUGCUGGUUCCGCGGCAGCGCUGCAGAACUCUGAUCGUCGGACUGCCGGCUCCUGUCCGAGACCGCGUGGCAGCCUUGGUGUUCUCACUGGACGCGUCCGUGAACCAGAAGAUACCCAAGAACAAAGACCCCCUCCAGGACCUGGGGUCCUUCCCGGUGCUGAGCCAAAGAUCCCAACCCGUCAGGACCCAGGUCCACAUCCAGAAGUCAUGUGGUUCCGAUAACCGUUGCCGCAGUAACCUGCAGAUGGCAGCCCACUUCACGGACGCCGAGCGGCAGCCGCUGAGCAUGCGGUCUGGCCGUCAGGUGUGGUCCUACGGGGGCGGUGCGGACCGACUUCUGCUGUGGGUCAAUGUCAGCAACACAGCGGAGGAUGCUCACUUGGCUGUUCUUAACGUUACGGUCCCGCCGGCACUGGUGUACUCGGGAGUCCGGACUAAGGGCGGCGGCAUCCACAAAGUUCAAUGUUCCGUGGAAGGUUCCGUGGUUCUCUGUGAGCUAGGAAACCCUUUCCAAAGUAACAGGAUGGUCGAAGUGUGGAUCAUUUUCGAGGCUUCAGAGCUCAGCUGCGACAAUCGGGAGGCGGAGACGCUGCUGCAGAUGUCUACGCUCAGCGAGCAGACAGACUUGUCUCCGAUCUCGCUGUCCUUGAUAAUCAAGUAUUCGGUGGACAUGUCCCUGACCUUGACCCACCGACCGGGCCCCGUCCCCUUUGGCGGUCACGUGCCGGGGGAGUCGGCCGUGAGGACGACGGAGGAUGUGGGCCCUCUGCUCAUCUUCACCUUCCAGGUGCACCUGGGGGGGAGUCGCCGAGGAGACCCGGAGCUGACGUUCGAUUGGCCGAGCCAGCUGUCCAACGGGAAGCGGCUGCUGUACCUGACGGAGAUCUCGCUCAACGGGAGCGCAGAAUCGCGAUGCGUUCCGCCCGGCGAUGUGGUCGACCCUCUCCGCCUCAAGAUGGGGGGGAGGAGGGAGAGGCGGAGUCUGGUGCAGGAAGAGGAAGUGCAGGAGGACGAGGGGGCGGGACCCGGCGCGCCCGUCCGUCACUUUCAGACCAACGACGACAAGUCUUACGUUCUGGACUGCGUGAACGGCGGCGCCAAGUGCGUGCGCUUCACGUGCCCGCUGCCGAACGUGAAGAAACGCGCCAGCGUCACGCUACGAGCGCGAUUGUGGAAGGCCACCAUGUUGGAGCACUACCUGGACGCCAGAGGCGUCCUGGUGCGGGGACAGGCCACGCUCAGGCUGGGCGCCUUCAACACAGAAGCCCCCAACACACGGAUGGAGGUCCACGUUUAUCCCUACCCGGAGCGACGGGUGGGCAGCGACGCCCCCCCGUGGAUCAUUGGGGUGUCCGUCUUGGCCGGACUGGUCCUGCUGGCCCUCAUCUGUGCGCUGUUGUGGAAGAGCGGAUUCUUCGUGCGCGGCGACGCACGGCACCGGGGUCCCAUUGCGGCGCCGGAGGAGCGGGACGGCGUCUCCGCCGAGACCUGAACCCGACCCCGAUCCCGGCGCGCCCGGACCGCCGCCCUGUUCCACGGAAAGGCUCCGCAGCCACCCUAAAGCGGGUCAGCGACAACAGGCGCGCAGGAGCCCGUGUGAACCAUCAGAAGUCUGUGGGCGUCUUUUCAAAAUAACUCGCUAGUAGAUGUGUGUGUAUAUUCUUGUGUCGCGCAUCUUUUAGAAAUUAUAUUUGUGUCGGUGUACUUUUGGGGAAUGACGGAAUUUUCCCCCAAAAAAGUUCAAUAAGGUCAAUACUCCACUACCUGAGCUGGUUUAAGCAAAAGAAGCACGUCUGAAGGCGAAAGUCGAAAGGUCGUGACCCCUGCUUCCGCGCCACUUGUUUGGUCUUUUGGGACUUGCUGCGGUGUCGUUUGUGAAAGUAGCGCCGGGUCGUCGUUGUUUUCGUAACGCUAAACUUGUCUGUGCCUGCCAAAACUUUUCAUCAGAAGCGGCUCAACUUUGGACUUGAAACAAACACAAAUGAUGUGGACUUGCUUUGAACUGAAUGAUGUGCUUUUCGCCUCGUAGUAAAGUGCCGGCCGGAGUCGUCGUUUCAGCCGCGCAGAACGUUUUGACAACCAAAAUCUCGUUUUUCAUGACUUGGGCCUCCUACUCGACUGUCCUUGAAGAUCGACACAAGCGAGAAUAUUUAGAAACUUUUUCAACAUGGAAUCGCUCAUUCUGGUCUGCGCUCGAGCCUCCGACGCUUUUCCGCCUGUCGUCCAUCCAAUUCCCGAGCCGCUUAUCCUCACAAAUUUCGCC